AUGUUGUUCUUGGUGGAGAAUGCGCAGGCGCGGCGUCAGCCGUUGCGUGUUGAGAAAACAAGGGUGUCGGAUGACUGGAGGGAUUCUGCGCAUGCGCGCGCGGACGGUAGGCGCGCCCUUGUCAGAGCCGCCGCCGCCGCGGCCACCACCACCACCGCGAGUACGGGCACUCGUGCCGGUAUCCCCCGCUGCGGCGGCCGCCGGAAGUCACGUCCCCCCAGCCUGUGUUGCACCUCACUCCACUCCACCCCCGCCCUGGACAGAGGCCAGGCGGCGCACCACCACUUUGCAUACCGCGCUCAUUCGUAUGCCGGGCGCAGAAUACCUUCCUGCUCCUUCUGGUUCUUUCCCAGCGAACGCAUAUCUGUUUACAACAGCGAGGCGGAGCUGGUGCACCUGCGCGCGGAGCUGGUGGAGGCGGUGGCGCGGCGCGGCUCGCUGGAGGAGGAGCUGCACGCGCUGCUGCUGCGGCUGCAUGCCAUCCAGCUCCAGAGACUGCCCGGCGCCGCGCCGCUGGACGCCGACGCAGAGCGCAUCCGCCGCCGCCUCGAGGAGGAGCUGCAGAGGUCGCCCUCCCGCCAGCAGCGCUCCAAUAAGGAUGGCAGUCUUCAACUGGGCUUAGCUGAAGUAGCAACAUUACAGAGUGAAGCAGUACAACUGAGACGAGAGAAUACUGCUCUGCGCAACACACUUCUUGCACUCCACUCCGAGCUCUAUGGUGCUAAAUUAGCUGCCAAGUAUCUUGAUAAGGAACUGGCUGGCAGGAUCCAGCAGCUCCAAUUGUUGGGACGAGAGAUGCGUGGUGAAAUACGAGAUAAACUGUGGAGGCAGCUUGAGGCAGAGAUACUACUGCAUAGGCACAAAACGGUUGUAAGGGCAUGUCGAAGUCGGAAUGCUGGAUCAGGUUCCUCUGGUCCACCACUGAAUACCUCCCAGUCGCAUUCACAGCCACAGCAGCAUCAGCCAUCAUUGCCACAACAACAAGAACAGAACCAGCAUCAGCAACAACACCAGCAGCAAGAACAGCAGGAACAGCAGCAGUCCAGUGCAUCAGAGAAGGCUGCUGCAGAAGUAGCCAGCACUAGCUGUGGGUCACAGGGAAUUGGUGAGCCACGGACUGUUACUGUGCGGAGGGAGCCAGGUGAAGGCCUUGGGAUAUCCAUCACGGGUGGAAGGGAGCAUGGAGUUCCAAUUCUCAUAUCUGAACUAGACCCUGAUGGACCUGCAGCAAGAUGUGGCAACCUAUAUGUAGGUGAUGCAGUGCUGUGUGUUAAUAGUAUUGAUCUCAGACAGGCUUGCCACCAAGAGGCCGUGGAAAUCCUAUCAGCCCAAACAGGUGAUAUCACUCUUGAAGUACAAUAUGUAUCAACUGAAGACAGUGAUGAAGACAACUCCCUGGGAGAAGAUUUAUAUGGAUUUCGGUACAGAUUUUUUGAUGAUGAGGUUCUAGAUGGAAGCGAUCCUGUCACCCUGCAUCCAUUACAGAAUGGUUAUAUCAGCUAUAAAAAUAAUACUGAUUGUGCGUUAAUAACAACACCUACUGCACCAAGGACACCAGAAUCACCAAAUGAACAAAACAGGAAUUACUCAGACUGCAGCAUCCCGGGAAGUCCAUUGAUGAAUGAAAAGGAACAGCUUGAGCCACAUUCUGCUGGAGACCCUGAAGCUGGCUUUGCAGAACAGCUUUCAUCUUCUUUUGCUGUUAGCUGUUCCACAAAUUCUCCUAGCCACUCAGAUACAAAUUUCUCUGCUGUGAACAUGGAUCCUUCUCCAUAUUCACCAAUGCAAGUUUCAACAGAUGGCAGGUCAUCUGUGAGUGAAGAUUCAUUGGUCAGGAGUCCUAUUAAAGACCACACGGGCCAAAAUUACUACAAAGAUAGUGACACAAGCAUCUCUGUUCCAUCAACUCCGAACAACAAUAAUAACAGACAGUCUGUCACUAAUGAAGAUGACAAGUACAAUUUGAUGAACAUUGGUGUCACCACAUUACAACAUAUAUUUGGAAACACAUUCCCUAAUCCCUCUGCAUCACCAGACACAAAAAACCACAUUUCAUCUGAUGCAGUAGACGGUGUUUCACUAGGAAGUGUUAUUCUUGAUUCAAAUAAGAACAGUUUAGAGAAUACUGCUACCACUGGUGCCAAACAUGAUGAUGUCCAGAGACAUUCUGCAAAAAUUAAGAAGACCUCUAGUAUAGAUUCAACAAGUGAUCAAUCUCCAGGUGAAACAUCAAGUUUGAUAUCUGAAAAGUGCCGAAGCAAAUCUAGGGAAAGUCAAAAGACUCGAGGGCACAAAAAGCGUUCAGCGGGGACUUCUGUUGUGGAAACCCAUGGACAAAGAACUGGUAGGAGUAGUACAGGGGUAACAAAGUUUGCAGAUACUGGUCACAGAAGUGGGAGGGCCCAACGCCUUGCACAAGACAUCUCUCCUCCUUCAGUUAGUGGAUCUUCUCGCUCUGUGGGUACUGACAGCUUUGGUGACCCUGAUUUUGGUACUCCAGUCUGACACAACUCACAGAAAUGUGAAUUUUGACUGAGCAUAGCAUAUGCUACACCCCGUCCAUGGUGUCCAUCCACUGCCACGUCUACCCUGCUGAACCUAUGGAGGGUGCGGUGAAUCUAGUUUCAGAACUUCCGUUCUGUAGAAUAACAUAUGCUGUGUGCUAGCAACUAUUUGAAAAUGCAUUCCUCCCUCCAUUUCAAGCAGCUGAACCUUAUUUUCCAUAACAUUUUUGAAAAACUUAGUAGUAUAUAUUACCACAGUAUGUUAGGAUUAUAAUACUUAUUUUCAUUCCAUUUGUCUCACUUGAAGGCAAUUUUUGAAGUACAACUGCUUUAGAAGCUUCUCUGAUUAAAUAUAUUUUGGAUACAGUCAUAGCAAGAUUGAGAAUUGUAACUCUGUGGGAUGUACAAUACUGUGUUUGGACACUUAAUAUCUACACAUUUUAUACUUUUACUCUUGUGUUACAUAUGUCAUUAGCCUUUAAAUGAUCCUUGAGGAACUAGAAACUAAGCAGACCUUUUGAAUAAAGUGUUAAUGUUGUUUCAUCAACUGCAGUUGUUUUAAGGUUGCAGUUAUUCGUUUUAUAUCUUCUGUGGUUUCUACUGAAUGGAGCAAUUUUAGCAAUACCUUUGUUCUUCAUUGUGAAGUAAAAGUAAGUAAAUGCAAGUUGUGUAACUCUCAGUUUCUAUUUCUCACAUGAUACAAAUUUUUGAGAGAACAUUUUCUUGGCCAAACUUUCUUGGAAAGCAUUAUUGCAUUUGCAUUCAAUGCAUUUGGCAAAAGCAGUGUAUCAGUUAAAUAACAGGUUAAGUCAUUGAAAAAUAAAUCAGGUUACCUGAUUGAGAAAUAGUGUUUGAGAUUUGCAUAUAGCACAUUAUAUAAAACUAUGCAAUAUGUCUCAUGUAAUUCUUCUCUUAAAUAUAAACAUCUAUCUUUCUCUCUUGUAGGUAAAAUGAUGUAAGGCGUGAUUAUAUAGCACUAAAUUUUGUAAAUAGGAUAUAUUUGUUAAUUUUUAUUUAAGACAGGUUAUUGUGUAUCUCCUGUAGCUCAUUUGUAUUGAAUAGUGUUCUUACUUUAUUUUCAUAUGGACACUGAAAGAGUGAUUACUUGGUGCUCUGUUACUGGUCAGUACUGUUGCCCUUACAGAAACGUCUGUACAACAAUUGCAAAGUGGUAAAGUUCAUUCUGUUUUUAGCAGCUCUUUGUGUGCCUGCACCAUAGCUUUAGCUUGUCAGGUAAAUGAUGAAGUCUGAUUGGAUGCCCAACAUAUGUAAAGGUUACAUUAAUUUAUCUAAAAACAAAGAUGAUGUGACUUACCAAAAGAAAGCACUGGCAGAUUGAUAGACAC